AUGAUUAUGAACUUCUCUAAAUUGGACGGCAAGGAAGUGUACUCCGAAAAUUUUUUGCUUGGCUACCACACAUGGCGGAUUCUUGUCUAUCCAAAGGGAGUCACUGUGGGAUACUUGUCAAUUUUUUUAGAUGCUGCUGUUGUUAAUUUGCCUUUUGGCUGGAGUAAAUUUGCAAAUUUUAAGUUGACUUUAAUUAAUCAGGUCAAUGGCAAGAAGACUAUAAUAAGAGAAACUACAAAACAGUUCAAUGCAAAAGAAACUGCUUGGGGUUUCCCAAAAUUCAUAUCUUUAGAUGAACUCUGUGACUCUAGAAGUGGGUUUAUUGUGAAUGAUAAUUGUAUAGUUGAAGUUGAGAUUUUGGUCAGCAAGUCAAAACAGGACAAUCAAACAUAUCAACCAGUUAGCAAGAUUGAUGAUACUCAUGACCAGCCUAAUAAACACAAGGAAACCUUCACAACCUCACUUAGCGAGCUAGUGGAUUUAGGGAAAAUUGAACAAACUUUUCUUCCACUUCUAGAAGAAGUAUGCUCUCGACAUCCCUUACUUAUCAAUAGUCAGCAGAAGAGAAGUAGUAGAUUUGUUGAAUGGGCAUUCACAGCUUUAGGUCGAGUUCUACAUUUUCUCAAGACAAAAAAGGUAAAAGAUAUGGAUAAUGAUGCUUGUAAUCAUCUCAAAAUCUUAUGGGAGGAGUUGGAAACGUUUAAAUUUGAUUUGACAUGGCUAGAACCUCAUGUUCAGUCUGCCUUGAGUAUGAAAACUCUCACUGAGAGAGCUGUAAAAGUGAAAAGGCUGGGGGAGAAUGUUGAUGCUUUAGAGAUGAAAACAAAGAGGUUGAAGGCAGAGAUGAUUGAAGCAGAAAUGAAUCUUGCAAUAGCAAGAAAAGAGUUGGUGAAAGCAAAAGAAGGCUUUCAAGAGUGCUAUUUGGAGGCUAAACUUGGAUAUGGAAUACCAUGA